AUGAGGGACCUGAAACCAAAAUCUAUGGAGGUCGACAAGGAGACCUCCAACGACAAGAAGAACUCCAUUCUCCCACCAGAGUCCGAUCUCCCAUCUACACAAGAACAAAUUUACAAUAGACCUGCACGACAAAGAGUCAAAACGGAUGGAAAGAGGGAGAUUUUGAUUUCCAGGAGCCUUCAUUUUUUUCAUGAGUUAUGUAUGAAUUUGCUUAAAGAAAUUGGAAAUCUCAUUGGGUUAUGUUUGAAUAUGUUAACUUUUUGGGUUUCAGUUCAUUGGGGUCCGUUGUAG